AUGGAAUGCUUUCGCCAAAUUUUCCGGUGCCUAAAGGCACCUUUCAAACGCGACAAGGGAAGAAUUAUUGAAAUUGGUCCUCCCACUAAUUUCCGAAAAGAAGAAUUGCCUGCUUAUUUUUCUGAUGCCGAGACGCUUACGUCCGAGGACAGCCGCAUAGCGACCGUGGAGAAGGACGAAACAACGAUCGAGAUGCUAUCGCUACCAUCGUCGACGAAGAGCAAGAUGCGGGCCCAUGUUCGAAGAAUGAGCGUGAGACUAUCCGAGAGCGCGUGA